AGUCUGAGCCUGGCAGUCAAGUUUGGGGAGAAGACGACACAUCAGCUCCUCUCUCCUGCUGAGGAACACAGUGUGAAGUUACCCAGCCGUCUCUGAAGGCACCAGCAGCAGGUGAGCAGCUGUGAUUGGAGUCAUGGACCAAUCACCGUCCAGUGGACGGGGCGAUGUGAGCGUGCUCAGUUGUUUCCCGUCUAAUGUGGGCAAGGAUGUUGCUGUAGCUGUGAUUAAGCCCCUUCACCUUGGCCUUGGAAACCCUGACAGUCGCAGCCUGCUUCACACAGACAGACAGUUUCAGGUGAAGUGGACGAUGGAGGUGUUGUGUUACGGUUUGGCUCUACCGUUGGACGGAGACACGGUCAAACACUGUGUGGACGUCUACACCAAUUGGCUGACGGCGCUGGUUUCCCCGAGAGACUCCAUCCCUCCUCCAAUCAGCCGAGAGCCCAACCUGUACGUCCAGAAGAUCCUCAGACACCUGUACAGCCUGUUCCUGCCCAGGUCGGACCAGGUGAGCCCGGUCUACCUGUCUCUCUGUCAGCAGGUGUUGUGUGCAGUUCAGUCAUUGGCCAGAGAGAGCGCUGUGAUGAGCAGAGACACCUGGGAGACGGUGCUGAACUUCCUGCUCCGUGUCAACCACACCAUGCUGGCUCCGCCUACCACUGCAAGUGAACAGCUGUCUGAGCUGUCGAUGACGGUGCUGUUUGAGGUGUGGUUGCUGUCUUGCUCUCGGUGUUUCCCGUCUCGCUCUCUGUGGCAGACAGGCAGACAGAUGUUGAGCAGCUGGAGACAUCAGCCAGCUGUGGUGGAGCAGUGGAGCCGGGUUAGCUCCGCCCUCACCUCCAGGUUGUUGCUGCUCACCUUCAGUCCGUCCUUCCCUCCGUUUAAAGUCCCCGAUGAGGACGCCGCUCUGAUCCCUGCAGACAUGGACGAUGAACGAGUGUCUCACACCUGGUUCAGGUUCUUACACCUGCUCAGUAACCCGGUGGACAUCAGUCGUCAGGGGCUCGUUGGAUCGUCUCCUCCUUCUGUGGAGGAGACGAUCAGAGGAGACGGUCAUCUGCCUCACAUCUUCUUCAGAGCCAUGAGAGGAGUCAGCACACUGGUCGACGCCUUCCUGGGUGUAGCAGUGGUCAACAAAGAGCCAACAGAGCAACUCCUGUCACAUACUGGACUGACAUCGAGGACCAAUCUCAGAGACCGGCUGCCUUCAAUCGGUGUUACUGUGACCAAGAGCCCAUUCAGAGAUCGCAUCCCUAACUAUGGUCUCUCACGGCCUCGCUCUGGAAGUGCCCCGCCUACUCCAGUGAACAUACUGAGCCUGCCGAGUGCCCCUCCCUCCACCAGCUCCCCCCCUCCACACAUCAGACGACUGAAAGCUGGAAAUGUUUCCAAGGCAACCAGCAAACCUCUUAUGACUUCCACCUGUCCCUCCCCCUACUGUCCCCCUCUUUACUCCUUCCCCCGCCCCUCCCCUUCCCCCCUCAGGUGUAACGUGGACUCCCUUCUUCACCUGUUCGGCCGCUGGCUGUUUGAUGCUGCUUUGGUCGGCAGAGACCCAGCUGAUCACUGUGAUGUCACUGUGAUGUCAGAGAGGUGGGCCGCUGGUCGAGCCGAGGCCUGCGGGACACUCUGCAGGAUCUUCACCUCUAAGAAAACUGCAGAAGACAUUCUGUCGGUCUACCUGUCCAGGUUUUACCUGGUACUCCUGCAGGGUCUCCAGGUGUCAGAGGGGGCGUGUCCUCCCGUUCUUGCCUCCAUCCUGCUAAAUUCCACCUGUAUGUUCUGCUGUGACCUGAGAGGAGUGAACCUGCUGCUGCCCUCCUUCAUCUCAGCGCUGGAACAUGUGCUGCUCGACAGAGAGCUGCUGAGGUUUAAGGGUUUCGUGAGUCCAAUGGACUUGAGGCGAGCUUCAAUCCUCACCCUGCUGUCCCUGCUGCCCCUCCCUCUGCAGUUUCCCUCUGUCCAAUCAGAAGUGUUAUUGGACGGGAGGCUCAGUGGUGACGAUGUCCCAGCAGGUAGCUUCCUGUCUCUGAAGCCCCGCCUCAUCAGUGUUCUGAUGGGAGCUCUG